AUGGCUACCACAACCUUACUGGAUCUCGAUGUAGACCGUCUGAGCCUGGAUCGCUUGACUAUCUAUGCUGGCAAAUGCCUCGCCGUCUAUGUUGCCAUACACGUAUUCCUAACCGGCAAUGCGGUAGGGCCGUUGGGAUUUCGGUGCAGCAUCACCGGAACCGAGCAGCCAAACAGAAUGCAGAGAUUGUCGCCACUGGCCGUCUGCCGGGAGUCAAUGUUCUUCAGCGCCGUCAGGUCACAUUCAAUCUAUGAUGUCCCGCAGGUCAGUCGUCUCAAAGAAGCCGAACUUGGUGACCAACGACUUGAGGCUCCAGAGCCGUCCACCACGUCACCGUUGCAUAUCACGGAAAACCAGAUCGAUGACGUGGUUGAGCCGCUGCACGAGGAUUUCUACGGCGCCAGAAAUGCCAGCCAGGUUCCGUCUUCUCUCCACAUUGAGCAACGAGUCCUGCAGUGUCAAGCUGAGCACAUGCAGUAG